UGAUGAUGAGGAGGAAGCAGAGGAAGCCCCGACUGAGGAAAAUGGGGUGACUAAGAAGGGCAAGGCUGCCGAGAAACGUCCGAAAGACAGCCUACCUGAUUUCCAUGACUCCGACCCGGAAAUCGCUUCGGAUAGCGAAGAUGACGAGGAAGUAGAAGCGGAUGAUAUUUCCAUGUCCGAAGACGGCGACAGUGAAGACGAUUUCGCAACUAA